GGGCACCCGUAAUGUGCAAAUGUGGGCCACGGUCAAUCAAAAUCGAAACCAGGGGUAAAUUAUUAACUAACGAGUCUUAUAAUUUGAAUCCGCAGAAGAACCAGAAUAAUGUUUCCAAGGAAGUAAAAUGGCCUCACAUUACCACACAGUGAAACCACAGUUUUCAGAAAACCAUGGCGAUAAUAUCGCAUUAGAGAAAGAUGGUGCCCAGAAUUGUUUUAAAGCCGAAUGGAAAUUUUUAAAAUCCUAUGGUUAUGCUUUCUCUGAUUUUCCGCUCCCAGAAGACCGGAUGUAUGAGGCCAUUUUUCACGGAAGUGGACAUGCAAGCAUUGGGCUGACACAGACUGAUCCAAAUCACUUGAGUGAUUUACAGCAAGCUGUCAAGAACGGUCAGAUAGUUUUGGUGACCGACGUUCGGUUCCACAAACGAGACUGUACGGUAGAUAUUGUGAAAAAGACAGACAGUAGAAAAAUGUUUGUAUUUCAGACAAAGUACAGAGAAUCCGCCCCACAAGGGAAGUCUUUAAUGCCCGGUGCUGACGUAUGGAUAGUAUUCUAUCUAAAAUUUGGAGGAGAAAACAUGAUAGCAGAAAUAAGAGAUAAAGAAACCAGAGCAGCUUUGCGAUUUCACAGGAAAGUUGACAGAAAUAUUGAUUUACAAAACGAAAGACUAAAAGUAUCUCUUCGGUCUCCGAUUCCUCUUGCAUAUGCAGUCCUAGAAAACAGCCUGGAAAAGAGGCAUUCCGUGCGUGUCAAAACAGGGCACAUUGAUGACAAAGAUAAACCAAGGCUUUAUCACAUCAAAAUAGGUAUCUCCAACAGCGAUGCAAAUUCGUCCAACUCUUUGGAAUUCUGUCCAAACAUUGAAACGAAAUUAGAAAAAGAAGAUUGCAUAGGUGAAUUUUAUGUAUGCUUGUCACCAAAAGGGACAUUUCAUGUCCAUAAGGAUAAUAGAUGUAUCUUCACAAAAAUGAUUUGUUCCGAGGUGGAUAUUAAUUCGCCGGUGUAUGUCUGGUUUGAAAUUUUCCGCAUCCGGUUGGAGGCAAUAGAAACUAUGUACUGUACCCAUGACUCAGAGGCAAUAGAAAAUCCUAGGGAAAGUGUCAGGGGUAUCACUCCACCUUAUGCCAAAGUUACAGUAAACGAAUUAGUGAGGACCUUAAAAGGCAUUGACCAGGAGUUGGAGGCGGGAAAAUUUACGGUCGAAGUCCAACAGACUUUAACUGAGGCUACGAAUGAAGUGGAAAAAUAUGUGAACUUUUUCUCUCUCGGAUCUUCAAAAGCAGACAAGGAGGUUUAUGACGAAAAGGACGGAUAUCUAACACCCGUUUCUAAAACAAAAUCUUCAUCAAGUUCUGCAAGGUUACCUAUUGAGCACGAAGAUGAAUCGCCCGAUCAACCUUCACUUAGAACUUUACAGCGGAUGUUAAUUCAAAUUGAGAAAACCGCCAAAGCCCACCAUUUUGAAAGACAAACUUCUCUUGAUCAACUGAUGAUUGCAGUAGAGACAAAUCGCACCAAAAUAGAGGAAGUCCAGAAGUCCUUUGAGAACGUUAGCAUACAAAAACCAUCUCCCACUAGGAUUGAACCCGGGACCUUCCAAACACAUUUGCUAAAAACGUGUGCGCAGUUUAUACAAACUGUGGAAGUUUUUCCUCUUUGCGAUCACUUACUUCAAGAAGACAUCAUUCAUCAGGAACAAUAUAAUAACAUUUUUGACGAACACAGACGACAACGCAUCGACGCAAGUAGAACAUUAUUUCAUCAUCUCUCAAAAAAGCCUUAUUCAACUAAGAAUAUCGAAAAAAUCACGCAAGCAUUUAUCGACACAAAGCAAGAAUAUUUGCUGCCAGGGUGGCAGUAACCGAUCGAGAGAUUGCAUGACUUGUAAGGGAUUGAAUUUGUACUUUUU